GGGCCGCAGUCGCGCCAGGGCCGCCGCAGGCCCGCACCGAGGCGCGGAGCGCGGCGCACGGCGGUGGCCAGGGCCGCGGGUGGGCAGGCAGGCGGGAGCGCGGUGGGUGGCCGGCCUUGGACGGGUAUGGCGGACCGGCGGCGCGCGUGGAACACGGAGGACGACCUGCCCGUGUACCUGGCGCGGCCGGGCAGCGCGGCGCAGACCCCGCGCCAGAAGUACGGCGGCAUGUUCGCCGCGGUGGAGGGCGCCUACGAGAACAAGACCAUCGACUUCGACGCCUACAGCGUGGGCCGCCGCGGCUCGGCGCGCACGCCGCGCUGCGCUGGCCGGCCCGACGCGGUCGGCCUGCCAGGGCCGGGAGGCAGCGAGGACACGGCCAGCGACGUGAGCGAGCCCUCGGGCUCUGCGGUCAGCUCGCCCGGAGAGCGCGACGAGCGGCCGUCGACGCUGCGCAUCCGCUGCCCCGCGCCCCGCGACCUGCCCCUCGGCCGGGACAAUGGCCAGAGUGACCGACUCCUCAUCAAAGGUGGACGGAUCAUCAACGAUGACCAAUCCCUUUAUGCUGACGUCUACCUGGAGGAUGGACUUAUCAAACAAAUAGGAGAGAACUUAAUCGUUCCUGGUGGAGUGAAGACCAUUGAAGCCAACGGGCGGAUGGUUAUUCCCGGAGGUAUCGAUGUCAACACGUACCUGCAGAAGCCCUCCCAGGGGAUGACUGCGGCUGAUGACUUCUUCCAAGGGACCAGGGCGGCACUGGUGGGCGGGACCACGAUGAUCAUUGACCAUGUUGUUCCUGAACCUGGGUCCAGCCUACUGACCUCUUUCGAGAAGUGGCACGAAGCAGCUGACACCAAAUCCUGCUGUGAUUACUCCCUCCACGUGGACAUCACAAGCUGGUACAAUGGCGUUCGGGAGGAGCUGGAGGUGCUGGUGCAGGACAAAGGUGUCAAUUCCUUCCAAGUCUACAUGGCCUAUAAGGAUCUCUACCAAAUGUCCGACAGCCAGCUCUAUGAAGCCUUUACCUUCCUUAAGGGCCUGGGAGCUGUGAUCUUGGUCCAUGCAGAAAAUGGAGAUUUGAUAGCUCAGGAACAAAAGCGGAUCCUAGAGAUGGGCAUCAUGGGUCCCGAGGGCCAUGCCCUGAGCAGACCUGAAGAGCUGGAGGCCGAGGCGGUGUUCCGGGCCAUCACCAUUGCGGGCCGAAUCAACUGUCCUGUGUACAUCACCAAGGUCAUGAGCAAGAGUGCAGCCGACAUCAUCGCUCUGGCCAGGAAGAAAGGGCCCCUAGUUUUUGGCGAGCCCAUUGCCGCCAGCCUGGGGACUGAUGGCACCCAUUACUGGAGCAAGAACUGGGCCAAGGCUGCGGCGUUCGUGACCUCCCCUCCCCUGAGCCCGGACCCCACCACGCCUGACUACUUGACCUCCCUACUGGCCUGUGGGGACUUGCAGGUCACAGGCAGCGGCCACUGUCCCUACAGCACUGCCCAGAAGGCGGUGGGCAAGGACAACUUCACCCUGAUCCCUGAGGGUGUCAACGGGAUAGAGGAGCGGAUGACCGUCGUCUGGGACAAGGCGGUGGCUACUGGCAAAAUGGAUGAGAACCAGUUUGUCGCUGUCACCAGCACCAAUGCAGCCAAGAUCUUUAACCUGUACCCAAGGAAAGGGCGGAUCGCCGUGGGCUCGGACGCCGACGUGGUCAUCUGGGACCCUGAUAAGGUGAAGACCAUAACAGCCAAAAGUCACAAGUCGGCGGUGGAGUACAACAUCUUCGAGGGUAUGGAGUGCCACGGCUCCCCACUAGUGGUCAUCAGCCAGGGCAAGAUCGUCUUUGAAGACGGAAACAUCAACGUCAACAAGGGCAUGGGCCGCUUCAUUCCGCGGAAGCCAUUCCCGGAGCACCUGUACCAGCGCGUCAAAAUCAGGAAUAAGGUUUUUGGAUUGCAAGGGGUUUCCAGGGGCAUGUAUGACGGUCCUGUGUAUGAGGUACCAGCUACACCCAAAUAUGCAACUCCCGCUCCUUCAGCCAAAUCUUCGCCUUCUAAACACCAGCCCCCACCCAUCAGAAACCUCCACCAGUCCAACUUCAGCUUAUCAGGUGCCCAGAUAGAUGACAACAAUCCCAGGCGCACCGGCCACCGCAUCGUGGCGCCCCCUGGUGGCCGCUCCAACAUCACCAGCCUCGGUUGAAUGCGGAUGCGCGGAGGAGCUAGCCUGAAGGAUUCUGGGAAUCAUGUCCAUCCCUUUUCCUGUCAGUGUUUUUGAAACCCACAGUUUUAGUUGGUGCUGAUGGAGGGAGGGGGAAGUCGAAGGAUGCUCUUUCCCUUUUCUGUUUAGGAAGAAGUGGUACUAGUGUGGUGUGUUUGCUUGGAAAUUCCUUGCCCCACAGUUGUGUUCAUGCUGAAUCCACCUCGGAGCAUGGCGUUUUCAUUCCCCCUUCCUAGUGAACCACAGGUUUUAGCAUUGUCUUGUUCUGUCCCUUCCACUUCUAACUCCACUGGCUCCAUGAUUCUCUGAGUGGUGGUUCCUUUGCACCCUGUAGAUGUUCUAGGAUAGUUGAUGCAUGUUACUAAAUUACGUAUGCAAGUCUGUGAGUGCGUCUGAGGGGACAUCGCCAAGGACUGACUGAGACACGAUGCCGAGACCUCAAGCCCUGAGGGGCAGUCCCAAAACUCUUACAGUGAAGAUGUUUACUCAUUGCCCCCACCUCUGGUCCACACUAGAAAGAAGCUCGCCCCACCUCCACCUGUGAGAGCCGUGAAUUCUUGGAAUGGCAGGGGAAGCCUUGCACUAGGUUGCAGAGAAGCAUCCUCCACAUCCUGUGUCAGAAACCCUGGUCUCCGUGGCACUUGUAACUCACCGUGCUGUCUUCUGGUCUGUGUGUGUUCUUCAAGCCAGCUCUAGGCUUCAGGCCGAGCCAGGUUCACACUCAGAAAGAGGUCUCCCCAUCCCCAUUUGGGGCUGAUGAUGGGGGGGUGAUGGCUGCCCCUGGGUGGCCUGAGUCCUGGUCCCUCCGAGGCAGUUGACGGGGCAGUCAGAUUUUUAAAGUUUUGUACAAAGUUUUCCUUUGUAAUCACUCCCAUUUUUACUUAACAACCAACUUGUUGUGGCUCUUAUUUCUGAAUUCAAAGCUUGUGAAAAAAUAAAGAAAAUGAACUGCCCACUGA